AAAAGAGUGUGCUUUUAGUUAUUUUUAUUUUAUAGAAGUACACUUUGAAUUAAUCAUAGAAUUCAUGAACAAUACAUUUUGGUUAUGAAAGCUAGCAAUUUCUGAUCUAUUUAACAAAUAUUGCGUAUUUUCAAGAAGCGUGCAUAGUACAUUAGUUUGUAAAAGUACAUAACAAUGGCAGACUUAACAUCUGAUGAGGCCAUGACAAUUGAUCACUUUCGAGAUGAAUUGAGGGAUAAAAUUAAUGUAUCCAGAAAGCAAAGGAGAGAUGCUUCUGUAAAUAAAAAUCGCCCUGCUCUUGGGCACGUUUGCGACAGGAAUGAACUUACAGAAGAGUUUGUUACAACUGCAGCCAAGAGUCUUAAAAAGAAAGCACUGAGCAUCACGGAAUACAACAAACUACAAAAUGCCUUGAUACAGAGUGAAAACCACAUAAAUGCUUUUUUAAAAGUUAAUAAUGCUAUACACGGCUUAAUUCGAGACCUAUCAAGUGUGUCUAGUCAUCUAAAACUGUCAGCUGCCAACUGUUGUUGUAAUUUAGCAUUAGGUAAUUCAAAAGCUUGCUUUACACUCUGUAAAUUUGCAGCUCCUUAUCUGAUUGCUGACCUCGAAAGCACGAGUCCUCCAUUGAUUGAAGUAUGUGCUUGGACAAUUGGAAAUUUAGUUUGUGGAUCUGACAAGACAUUUCCUAUACUGCUAGCACAAGGUUGCAUGAAAUCAUUGAUAAAUCUUGCUCAAAAUUGUUCAGAUGAACUUUUACAAGCUGUAAGUUAUGCUUGUGUUCGAUUUAUUCAUAAAGGAGUCAAUGUGAUCGAUAGGUCAGAAAUCAACAAUCUUUCAAUGAUAGUAUCACAUCGAUGUCCAACAGUUUCUAAUAUUGAUACAAUGUGGCUACUGGCAACACUAUCAUCAAUACCGGAAUGCUCUGACAGUUUGAUGAAGUGUACAUUGAGAUUAUGCGAUUACUUACAGGAUACUGUUGUCACCGAAAACGAUAGCAUCGAAAGGGUUUCAGCAGCUAUCAGAACUAUAAGUAACAUGGUGUCUGAAACAUCAGGUGAAGUAGCUAAUUAUUUAUUGAAGGGUGAUAAUGAAAAACACUGCACUUUCCUUGGUAAAUUGUUGUAUCAUCAGUAUAUUCAUAUAAGACAAGAAACGCUAUGGCUCUUAGGCAAUCUCUGCAACCAUCAUUUAGUUUCUGUUCAGCAACUGGUAGAACCAAUUGUUAUCUCACUGCCAUCCUUGAAGUUUGCAGUCAGUUCACUGAAUACAAUUAGUUAAAAAAACAAAAACAAAACAACUACCAUGUUCAACAUGUUCAAUAGGAACGAAUUUUUUUAUGUUGUUGUCAUUGGCCGCCGCAUCUUCUUCUAUACAAUUUGGUUGCGCAAUGUUGAAGUAUAU